CUCAUAUUACCACUCGAAUCUUAUUUAAUAUACCUUGAUCAAAAUGGGCUGGCUCCCUUGGUCCUCCGACGACUCCACCAAAGCCUCCGACGGCGGCCGUAUAGCCCCAGACCGGAGCUCCCGCGAAAAGUGCUGGGAAGGCCGGGAUCUAUUCUUCUCCUGCCUGGACAAAAAUAACAUCAUCGACUCGAUCAAGGAAGAUAAGGAAGCGCGGCGCCAAUGCGGAAAGGAACUGGCACAGUUUGAGGGGGCGUGCGCGAAAGCUUGGGUCAAAUACUUCAAGGAGAAGCGGGUAAUGGAAUAUAACCGGGACAAGACAAUCGAGCGCAUCAAGAAGGAAGAUGCAGCCAAAGUUGCGGAUCUCAAGGCACAAGGGUGGACGCCGAGGUGAGGCGUGUGCUAUCGCGGAGAUGAAGAAAGAAAAAGAAAAGAGAAGAGGAGAUUACUUAUUAUGAAUGUACUAUAUUACAUUAUAUCGCCUCUCAUAACGACUGUUGAAUGAGAU